AUGGCAUCGAGGCGAGCAGUUCAAUUGCUCGCUCUGCGCGCCCCGCAGGCUGUCGCGACCAGGGCUGCUGCUACCCGGUUCACCGCGCAGAGCGCCGCUUCGCAGCGGGCAAUCGCAAGAAAUGUCGCCAGAGUGCAGGUCGGCUUUACGCAGCAGAGGCAGCACUCCGGAUUCCCAUCCGACAAGCGCAGCAAGGUGUACGAAUUCAAAGAUGUCCUCUCCAUAGUCGAAACCCCCAGCGACAGCACCCUCCUCAUCGACGUCCGCGAGCCCGCCGAAUAUGCCGCCAACAGCAUCCCCACGAGCCUCAACGUGCCCAUCACAUCGCAGCCGGACGCGCUGCUGCUGAGCGAGGAGGACUUCCAGGAUAGGUUCGGGUUUCAGAAGCCGCCGCGGGAGAAGAUGGUCGUGUUCUUUUGUAAGGCGGGCGUGAGGAGUAGUGCGGCGGCGCAGUUGGCGAAGCAGGCGGGGUAUGAGAAUGUGGGUGAAUAUCGAGGGUCGUGGAUUGAUUGGGAGAGGAAUGGGGGACCGGGGACGAAGGGUCCGCAGCAGCCGUGA